AUGGCAGGGCGCUUCGUGACGAGUGUGUACGGUACUUUGCAGGCGGUGAGCCUCGGCUCGACCAAGCCGUCUGCAGGCACAGCAGUGACCAUCACUGGCUGUGGCUCCCUGUCCUCCAGAGGCUCCACUCCCCCUCCCCCGUCAUUUGUGGCCCGUGCCUCCUGUAAUCCUGCCUACGGCGGCAGGAUCACUCAGCGCAUGAUCUGCUCCGGCGAAGACGAGGGCGGCAAGCACUCGUGCCAGGGCGACAGCGGAGGACCCCUGGUGGAAGGAUCGACUCAGUACGGCAUCGUCUCCUGGGGAAGAGGAUGCGCUCAGGCCGGCUACCCUGGCGUCUACGCCAACGUGGCCAACCUGCGUUCCAGCAUAUCUCAAGUAAGUGCUGUCUAG